UGGACGCCGCCAAGUCGCGCGUAUCUCUCUCACCUUGCAAUAAUCAUUCCCGACCAUAAAAAUCAAAGAACCAUAUAAACUUUAUUUGCGAUUUGUGAUUUAAGUGUUAUUGUGAAAGAUAUUUUGAGUUGCGCGUUGCGUCUGUGUUUUGAGGAUUAACGAUUCGUGGACAUCGAGAAAACCGGAUUUUUCUGGAUAACACCAGUUAUCUGCCGAUUGGCCAGCGUGUCGUUGGUGUAGUUAUGGGCGGAGAUGGCAUGGCGCAGUAGCGCGAUGGCUGCGCCGCGGGUGGCGCCGCUGGCCGCGCUCUUCACCGCGCUGUUGGUCUCGGUCACCUCGCGCGCGUCCACGCAGGAUCCCGUGCAGUUCGAGGCCGCGUUCCAAGGGCGGUGCGGCGAAGGCAGCCCGUGCGAACAGCUGUGCCGGGAGUUGCACGACGGGACGUAUGAGUGCGGCUGCGGGCCGGGCUACGUGCUGCAUGUGGACGGCUAUGGCUGCUUAGAGUUAAACGCAACGCGAUCAACAGACACCGCCGACGCAGCUGAAGACGUACUCUACCAAAAAGACGUAUCCUUCUCAGCAGAACUAGAAAUAGCGCCGUCCAAUAGACUUAGUAAACCUACUGUAAGCUUAAAACAUAUCGACGAAAACAGAACGCAAAGACUUACAACCACACUGCCAAUAGUUUAUAACACUAGGAGCACACUUAAUUAUACGUAUACUGGUGAGAAAUCUAAGCAAGUGGACGGUUUGAAGAGUUUAAUGGAAGAUGGAGUUAGUAAAACUGAUCUGAAUAUCAUAGCUGAUGAAGAACGGGACAAUUUGUUUGAAACGAGUGAUUCUAAGGUGACGACGCUUGGGCCAAGUCUGGAACAAAAAGUACCAGGAGCCACAGCAUCACCUCCAUGGACGGCAGCAGUGGAAGCCUGCGACUGUGAGAGUUGUAGCAACGAGCGGUGUCCGUGCGCCGGCAAUCCUAAUACUUGUAAACCAGAUCAAGUAUCCACCCCCCGUUUCUCGGGAUCCUCCUGGCUCGCGUUGCGGGCUCUCCGCGGCGCGUACAAGCGCGUGCGAGUCCGUAUACGAGUCCGACCCGAGAGAACUCGCGGCGUGCUACUUCUGACGGGGGAACAUGAUGACCUGUCCGGGGAUUACCUAGCGCUGAUGCUGAGGAAUGGGCAUGUUGAGCUCAGAUUCGAUUGCGGCAGUGGCGCUGGUAUUCUGAGGUCUCCAGAACCAGUCAGACUUGGGCACUGGAACACCAUCUCCGUGUACAGACACCGGUGGGACGCGUGGCUCAGGCUGAACAAUGGGAAGCGGGUCCGAGGGAGGUCGAAGGGCCUGUUCUCUCGUAUGACCUUCAGAGAGCCAGUCUGGGUGGGUGGUGCCGGCAACACCACUGGUCUCCAGAGCAAGCUGGGUCUCUCCGAUGGUCUGCUCGGCUGUGUCGACUUCUUGAGGAUCAACGGUGACACCUACCAGCUUAUGAAGGAUGCCGUCGCAACAUUGGAUAUUUCCGAAUGCGCGCCAACCCUCGCUCCGUGGAGACCUCAAAUCGACGCGACAACCAGCGAAGCAACCCAACACUCAAACGACGUAGAAACACACGCAGUAUAUGACAUAAACGACAUAGUACACUUCGAAGACAACGACCUAGUAAUGAGAGACGCAAAGAGAGUCAAAACACAUGACAAUAACAAAAUGGAUAAUUCCGUCGAUCCGUACAAAAGUUUCACUUACAACGAUGUUAAGAAACGUUUGCUCAUUGAUAAGAGUCGCGAUUUGAUUGAUGUUGGGAAUGAUUUGAAGGAUGAUGGUAGUAAGGAGGAGUCUUGUGAGUGUCAGCAUGGAGGAGGAUGUGUAGCUAAUGUGUGCCUCUGUCCCUUGGGAUACGCUGGCGUGAAGUGUGAGAUCACCCUGGAUUUAAAGGUGCCUCGCUUCAAUGGCUCGUCCUAUCUACGUCUGCCGGGGCUUGGGAGCGCCGCGGAAUCCUGGCUUGAUAUACAGAUAAAAUUAAAGCCGAGUAGUGGUGAUGGCCUAGUUCUCUACAGCUCUGAGCGACCAGACGGCGAUGGAGAUUUUUUCUCCUUACAUCUUCGGGAUUAUUACGUCGAGUUCGCCUUCGAUCUUGGAGCUGGGAUCGCUCUUGUCAGAUCAGCCCACCGCAUCGAGCCCAACAAAUGGCAGUGGGUGUCGGUGUCCCGCGCCGGACGCCGCGCCACGCUCCGCGUCCGCGGCGCGGGCUCCGGCGGCAGCGGCGCGGCCCGCGUGGUGUCCUCCCGGGGGCCGCGGAGGCGACUGUCGCUUCGGUCCCCGCUGUUGCUAGGCGGAGCCCCACAUCCAUUACCAGCUAGAUUAGCGUUGGCUACGUCUUUUAAUGGAUGUGUUUCACAGUUAAUCAUAAACGACGAAGAACUGUCCGUAGUAGCGGCGGCACUAGGAGGUCUUAAUGUCGACAACUGUGACAAUCCUGGAAAUAAUUGCACUGACAAGAAUCAAUGCAAAGAAAUCCUCGAGCCCAUCCCCGAAUACCCACAGAACAUAUCAGAGAACGACGCACACCACUCAAUAGUAGCGAAAAAGGGAUUCAAACAGAAAUACCACAAAAGUAAAUACAAGAAGCACACACACAUAGACAAGUACAAGAAGAAGAAGUACUUCAUAAGUAAAAAGCAUCAAUACAUGCUGGAAGACUUGGAAAGGAACAACGAGGUGGCGACAGACCCGCCUUAUGAUGGUCAGACGUAUAUGCAAGUGAAGUAUCUAAGUGAGAAUGAAGUGAAUUGGGGAGAUAUGAACACGUACCCCAGCUUCUCAGGCAAGGAUAGCUUCAUACAUAUUGACGAUGAAGAUACUAUGAAAAGGCUGGUGAGCGAGUCCCUGGACAUCAACGUCCGUUUCCGCGCGAGCGCAGGCGGCGGGCUGCUGCUGUGGUCUGGCGGCGCGCGCUCCCCGCCCGACUACCUCGCGCUCGCCGUCGAGGCCGGCGUGCUCGUGUUCCGAUACGACUUAGGAAGCGGUGAGGUAGUGAUCAUCGCAAACCACACGAAAGUCGAUGAUGGGCUGUGGCACAGGGCGCGGGCGACGAGGAAUAGACAAGCCGGUGUGUUGGAGGUGGAUGGUUUGGGCUCGGUCGGCAAGGUGUCGCCCGGGAAGCUCAAACAGCUGAAUACUGAAAACGGCCUGUAUAUAGGUGGUCUACCCUCAAUAGAGUUGAACACUCAAGGCAGGUACAAGAGCGGCCUGGUCGGCUGCGUGUCACAGAUCUCCCUCAGCGGGGACUUCGACAUCCCCCUCUCCCUCUCCAAGCUCCCCCACACCAUAACCAACAACGUAGGCCGAUGCGCACCAUAAAACAUGUACCAUUCAUUUAAAUGAACAAAAAGUCCAUUUAAAUGAAUUAAAAAUUUGUUACAUUCAACACCAACAUAUAACGGUUUUAAAUGAAUGAAUUAAUGUUGAUAAUGUGUUCGUUUAUAACGGAUUUAAAUGAAUGUAAUGAAUUCAUUUAAACUGGAUGUAUAAAACGAAUUUAAUUGAAUGAUUAAGUACGGAUUCAAAUGAAUGUACAAAAAUCAUUUAAUACAUUAAUUCAUAAUGAAUUUAAAUGAAUGUACUGAGUUCAUUUAAAACGGUUAUGUGUUCGAAUUCGGUUUAAGUUAGUGUUAGGUGUGUCUCAUAGAUUUCUCUUCAUUUCUCAGGAGUUGCUUUCGAUAACGUUGGAAUUACGACCAAUAACUCCGUAUCUACAUAUCAAUGUAACCUAAAUGUCGGAGGCAAUAAACUGAUAAUACGAAAUUAAAUUAACUUUUCAACAUUUUAUAUGAAACAAUACAGAUAUCUUGUAAGAACAAUUUAUGGUUUGAUUUUAAUUUUUAAAUGAAUACUCUAGUCAAUUUAGUGUAAGUGAUCUGCGGGUUUCUUAAUCUGUCAUCUUGUGUACUCUAUUUUUGAAUUCGAGUCGGAAAUUUGACAAUUGUGAAUGUCAAACUCCAAAAUAGUUAUUUUUGACCAGUUACUCUGAUAUAACCACAACCUUUUAUAGUUUUACCUUGAAGCAAUAGUAGUAUUUAUUAUGCAACUUUUGUAUAUCGCAAAAUGUAAAAAAAAUACUUGAAAUAAUUCUAAAUCACUGACUCGAAUAAAAAAAAUGGACUAUGUUAUUUUUUUAGUAUCGAUCUUUCUUUCAAUUCAGUUUCCAUGUACGAUGGAAUAACUUUUCAAAGUGCUUUACUAUCUAGUAGAUAUAUAAAAAAAACUAUUUGUAAUGUUAAAAUAAAUAAAAUUCUAGUCGUACGAGUGGUUUGCACGCAGUAUCAUUUUGUAAGAAACUUUUUCGUUUCGUAGCUAAUCACAAUUUGUUACCAUGUGAGUGUAAUUUACAUUAACAUAGGGACGUGGCCAGAAUAGUUUUGAAGGGUGUAUUUAAAAGCUUAAAAUAUCACCUAAAAUAAGUGUUUAUAUUUGCUUAACGCCAAAAGGCUUAAGAAUGUAUAACGAAAGUAAUGAUAGGUAUAUUUGCAUUGGUUUAACUGCCUAGUUUCUUUGCGGUAGAAAUUGACUUUGAAACCUUCUGGCUGUGUCUUUGUUUAGAUCAAUAAGUAUACAUACAUAGCGUUUGUAUAUUGAAAACAUUUUCAUAUGAACGUCGUUUUAGAACAUUUGUAAGUAGUACAAUAGAGUUUGAUGAUAUCAUGUUUAUUGAGCUUUUUAUAUUGGAACCCGGGAACUGGUUUUGUUGCUCAUGUAUGCAGUAUGUAUAUGGGAUUAAAGGCUGUAAUUUUUUAAUAACUUAUGGUUAUAUCCAGUUUUUGAGAUCCAUGCACUUAUUUAUUAUUAAUUCAAUGAUUCAAACGAUUCCAUUCAUCACAUUUUCAAUAGUAAAUGAUUGUACACUAAUAUAAGAUAUUUAAGCUUCCUUUUUUGAAACACUUUUUAUUAAACAAAACAGUUAUAAAGUACA